AUGAAGACACAUAAAAAGGCAAAAUACCAAAGCAUAUGUCUCCGGGUUAUCUCUACCACCCAAUGGAUUGUGCGCACACGGGAGGCGUCGGGGCUGACACUAAAUGACAGCAUUGUCAUCGUCGAUGAGGCGCACAACUUGAUAGACACCUUACUGAAUGUGUACUCAGUACACCUUGAUUUGCAAGAGGUGAUACGUGCGAAUGGUCAACUGAGCCGAUACUUCCUCAAGUACAAAACCCGCCUGAGUCCAUCUAAUAUAACAUACAUACAGCAAUUGCUGUUUAUAAUGAAAAAGCUGAUCAAAGUCUUCGCCAAAAGUAUCAAACCGAGUGACAACGCGGGCACAAAAGAUCCUGCCUCUGCUUCUCACAUACAGCCGGUUACUGACUUUGUGUUUGCUCUGGGAAUCGACAACAUCAAUCUAUUUAAAUUAGUAAACUACUGUCAGAAAGCGAUGCUGGUCCGAAAGCUCAACGGAUUCGUAGACUUUUCGGAGGCAGCUUCUGCAGAAACAGCAGAUCCAUCUCAGCCACCUACUUACAUUCGCCGAGGUUCGGCACUCGCACCCAUUGUGGAGUUUCUCAUAGCCAUGCAGGGCAGUGAUUGUGAUGGACGCAUUAUGGUGACCAAAGAGACGAGUAUUGAAACUGCUACGAAGCAUCCGAGCAAGGAUAAGAAUGGUAAAUUGCGAAGUUUGUGCAAUUCCUAUUAA